UUUAUGAAAAUUUUGUUACUAUGUUUUAGCUUUGUUGUUAAUUAUUUUUUUUAAUAAUUUGUUGAAUCAAUAAUAUUUGUUAGAUUCCAUCAAGGUUAUGGAAUUAUCAUAUACAUACCAUAUUACCUCAUCGCAAUAUUGUAUUCAUCCCAAAUAGUCACCCAAUAAAUAAUAUAAUAUAGUUUAUAAAGUGUUAAAAUGCCAGUAUUGUAUAAUUUGACUUUGAAGAAGCCUACGGGUGUGACUGCGAGUGUUCCGGGGAGUUUUUCAGCUCCGAAGGCACAGGAAUUUGUAGUUGCUCGAGCUCACGUGCUUGAACUUUAUGGUUUAAACGCUUCUGGGAAAUUGCAGCAACUUGUGAGUGUUGAAGCCUUUGGAAUUGUAAGAGCCCUCGCAGCGUUUAGACUUACAGGAGCACAGAGAGAUUAUUUGGUAGUCACAUCUGACAGCGGUAGAAUAGUAAUUCUCGAGUACUCAACACAGACAAACUCAUUUAAAAGAUUACAUUGUGAAACGUAUGGGAAAACAGGAGUGAGAAGAAUAGUACCAGGACAGUAUUUAGCAGUAGAUCCAAAGGGAAGAGCGUUAAUGAUAGGCGCAGUAGAACGCCAGAAAUUUGUAUACAUACUAAACAGAGAUUCAAAAGCAAAUCUUACAAUCAGUUCACCACUAGAAGCACAUAAAAGCCAUUCAGUGUGUUUUGAUCUGGUAGCUCUAGAAGUGGGUUAUGAUAAUCCGAUCUUCGCAUCACUAGAACAAUCUUAUGAAGCCAUCGACACAGUACAGAUGGAUAUACAAACAAAGUUGACAAAGGAAAUGGAAACAGAUUUAUUGCGUAAAGGAUUGUCGUUUUGGGAAAUGGAUUUAGGACUGAACCAUGUAGUAAAGAAAGUAACAUUGCCAGUGGAUUUAUCAGCACAUUUGUUGGUACCAGUGCCAGGAGGACCAGGAGGUGUGUUAGUUUGCUGUGAAAAUUAUCUUGUGUAUAAAAAUUUAGAACACCCUGAUGUUUUCUGUUCAUACCCAAGACGUUUGCAAAUGGCUGAAACCGAUAGCCUAUUGAUCAUUAACUAUUCAGUGCAUAGAAUGAAGGAUUUUUUCUUCAUACUACUGUUAUCAGAGUACGGAGAUUUGUAUAAGAUAGAAUUAUCCCACGAUGAUACUACUGUGAGUGAAAUAGUGGUGAGGUACUUUGAUACGGUGGAUGUGGCUAGCACGAUGUGUAUAUUAAGGUCAGGGUACUUAUUUGUAGGGUCAGAAUCAGGUGACCAUAAACUAUAUCAGUUCACAGCACUAGAAAAUGGCGAUAAGGAUGUUAUCUGCACAAGUUUACACCCAGACGCUAAAAAUGCAAUUAUAGCUUUUAAGCCCAGGAAAUUACAGAAUUUAGCCGUCGUAGAUAGAAUGAAUUCAAUGGCACUGGCAGUGGAUAUGAAAGUGGUAGAUGUGCUGGGAUUAAACAACUAUGAUAUAUUUGUAGCAUGUGGGCGCUGGUACGAUUCACGACUUAAAUGUUUAAGAUAUGGUUUUAAUACUGAAGAGUUAGCAUUUAAUGAGUUACCAGGUAGACCGAAAGCCGUUUUUACAAUUAAGUCACUUGAGUCCAACUACGAUGAAUAUAUUAUCAUAUCAUUUCAAGGCAAUACGCUCGUAUUAUCAAUUGGAGAGGCUGUUGAAGAAGUCACUGAUUCAUUCUUUCUCACUUCAAUUACAACUCUGCACUCUUGCCACAUGGGCUCCACCAGUGGCAGUGUGGGUGGUGGAAUAUUUGUGCAGGUGCAUGAUGGAGGAUUUAGAUAUUUAACAGGUGACGUAGUUAAGGAGUGGAAAGUUCAAACAACGAAAAGAGUCAAAUUAGCAGAUAAUAAUAAUACACAAUUGGUAUUAGUGCUAACAGGGGGUGAAGUAAUAUAUUUCCAACUCACAGAAGCUGAUGUGUUAGAGUUGGUAGAAGUGGGCAGAAGAAACUUAUCUACAGAAGUGACGUGUUUAGCAGUACAACAUCAAGUCUCAGGAAACAAAGCUGAGUUCUGUUGUUGCGGUAGUAUUGAUAAUAUUGUAAGAGUUAUGAAGUUGGACAAGACAUUAAAGUUAUGUUCAUCACAAAUCCUAGGGAAUAAUUCAUUACCAGAAUCAGUAGCAUUGCUUACCACAAGUGUUGAUGAAUUAUAUUUAUACGUUGGACUGAAUAACGGUGUGUUGAUACGUAAUACAGUUGAUGUGGCUGGGAAUUUAAGUGAUCAGGAAUCAAGAUUUCUAGGCGCUAAACCGUUAAGACUUAAAUUAGUCCAAUAUCUGGACCGUCAAUGUCUGCUACUGUUGACUGUGAAGACAUUUAUUGUGGUGCCAAAUUAUCCAACUAGUGGGAAUGGGAACCUCGAAAUACUCCCGGUCUACAUCAAUUCCACUAAUGCAACCGUCACAUUGUCACCCAGUAACGCGAUGUUGUCAGUGGAUAGCAUUGAUACGUUCAAUAGUUUACUGUGUUUGAAUGGGUUUGUGAGCAUAUUGGGAAAUAGUUUGAAGAUAUUCCGUUGCCUAGUUAACGGUGAUGUUUUCAGUGAAAUUACAAUCCCAUUGGAAUAUACACCGAGAAAAUUAAUUUUACUACCCUCUAGCACAUUAACCCAGGGUGCCCUUAAUACAGGAGUUAAUCCGGCAGUACCACAGGGUCCAGUGCCAGGUCAAUUGAAUGUGUUACUGUUGGUAGUGGAGUCAGAUUACAAUUCAUAUAACACAGAACAAGUGGAAGAGAUUAACAAGGAAAUGACGUCAAUACAAUUGGAAGGAGAUCAUUUUGAACCUAUGGAAUUGAAAAAUUACAGAGCGGGUCCAGGCAAGUGGAGUUCAUGUAUAAGAAUCAUAAACCCAGUUAACAUGGAAACUAUAGCAAAGUUGUUGUUUACAGAAAAUGAAGCAGCGACUGCAGCAUAUAGUUGUGUAUUAAAUGGCCAACAAUUGCUAGUGGUAGGAACCAUCAAAAAUGCACAUCUAUACCCAUCCAAUAACGAUGAUGGGAACGAUGAAGUGGAAAGCAGUAUCCGUGUGUAUGAGUAUGAUUCCAACUAUGCAAAUCUGGGUAACACAGGAUUCUCAAUUAAGCUGCUCCAUGUAACAAACACCAAGGGCUGGAUACGGUGCUUUAAUAACUAUGAAAAUAAGUUAUUGCUCUGCGCAAUUGGGAGUAAACUGAGAAUGUACGCCCUGGGAAGGAAGCAAAUGUUACUAAAGGGAGAACACAGAAGUUUAACGAGUAACGGAUUUAUGGAUAUUAAAGUGGUAGGAAGUAGGAUAUACUGUGGUGAUAUUAGAGAAAGUGUGCAGUUACUGAGGUUAAAGUUUUACGGUGAAGAUUUGGGAGAGUUUGAGUUAACAACCACAAGCACAGGCCCGAGAUGGCUGUCAACAAUGGAGUUACUGGAUUAUAGCACCGUGAUUGCCGGGGAUAAAUUUGACUCAUUGUUUGUGUCUAGAGUACCACACAAUGAGGAUGUUGUAAGGAGUAAUUACUUUGAGUAUCAUAACCAGUUUCACCUAGGGGAUAUAGUGACGUCAUUGCAGAGAGUUAGGAUUAAUCCCAUACACUCAGAAGUGGUAUUGUACACCACGCUGAUGGGCUCAAUUGGAGUGCUGAUACCAUUUGUUAGUAAGGAUGAGCUGGACUUUUUGCAGCAUCUGGAAAUGUUACUGUGUAACCAAAUUGACACAGUAACAGGAAGAGAAGUGCAGAUGUUCAGAAGUUAUUAUUUCCCAGUACAAAAUAUCGUCGACGGAGAUUUAUGCGAAAUGUUCACGGCUCUGGGAGAUGAAAAGUUCAAUGUCGCGAAUCAAUUAAAUCUAAAAGUUGCAGAGGUUGUCAAGAAGUUAAAGAACAUCAGAAACAGAGUCUUCUAA